AUGUCAAGGAUGUUUCAUGAUAAUAUUCUACAGCAGUAUUCAACUUAUGGAUUUAAAAAGAAAAAACGUUUUGCUUCAUUGGAAUCAUACCGUAUUGUUAUUGAUAUACUACGUACUCACGUUAAGUAUGAAAUGACGCCUGAAAAAGACAUCGAUCAUGAAAUAGGUCCCUGGUUGGCAAAUGCUCAUUUCAGAAUUAAGAAAAAAACAAUGAAGGAUUGA